AUGUUUGCCACAGCGUAUGUGAUGGAGAUUCUUGCAGAGUUUAGUAAAUAUGGGGACAUGACGGAUUACAAUCUGGCGGGGCUCAACGCCGGUCUUGUCGCCAUAAAGGAUCAUCGUGACAAAAACCUUGCUUUCAAUAACUCGUUGAUGACGUUCUGGCCACAAGUCUAUAAUGAAACCUUAAAGACGUGGGACAGCAGUCCUCGAAACUUAGUGGAUCUUAUAGAAGCGACAAAAUAUCUGCCUUUGAACUGGACGUAUGCUGAGCUGGAGAAACUUGGUCUGAAGGACAUAGAAUACAUUAUGGUACGGCUCAUGAGAUCUAGAGACGGGUACAUGUCGGUGUUUCACGUGCCACCAGAUUUUGAUGACACGUUUCUCAAUAUUGGUCUGGGUUCAAUGCUGAAGGAAAUGUCUCAAACCUUCCCAGAGGCCUCUGACUUGUGGAUGUCCCAGAACCCAAACCUGACAUCUGUAUUUGAUGCUCUAAAGCGUUAUGCCUACAGGCCAUUAUCCGGAGAUCAGCGAGUCAACACGAUCGAUUCCCGAUCGUACGUCUACCUGCGGAAGUGGCUGGCCCGGGAGAAGCUGGCUGGCAACGACGUCGCCCUUGUAACCACGUGGAUCCAGGACACGGACGAAGUUCGGACCUGGUUUGCAAAGGGGGUGAUGAUGCCGUUCAAUGUGAACAACGUGGACGUCACGGUAUCUGCUAACUUCAUGUACGCUGUAACAGCUGGCAUCAUCAGUGGCGUUCUCGAACCCUCCUUGUUGGAUGACACAGAUAUUCUGCAUAUCUAUAACGACACAACACGAAUGCUCGCUUUCCAAAUCCAGACUAAUUUCUCCGAUCGUGUUGAUCUGGCGUUGACAUACUAUCCACCAGUCAUUGAGUUCUACUGGUUUGUGGCCAGGACGUACAACAAACUCCAGGAAACCCUGGACAGGACGGGAUCGCUGCCUCACAAGGGAAUGGACCAGGUUCUGAAGGACUUUAAACAGGUGCUGCGGACCUACGCUUCGCCUUGGAUCCUGGACCAGCGGAAGUCUGAAUCCCAGUCAGGUUUGGACACCGUCUACUACGAUGACUUCAUCGGUGACGGCGACAUUACAUACGAACACAAGUCUGUGAACAAUGCGGAAGACCGUAUUUUCACCAGCUCCAUGGCUCUAAAUGCACUUCUAACUAUUUGGGCAACUGAAGAUCAGCACACAGGGCAGAUUAUCUGGGAUAAAGAUACACCAUCAUUAGUUCAAGACACUGUGCAGAAGAUUGUAACCUGGCUAUACUUAAAUAGCUAUGGGGGCAGCUACAAACCAUGGAACGCCUUCUUCUCUGGUUCAAACAAAGGCGCAACAACAUCGCCAGCAAUGUACCCAGUGAACCGGAUAGAGAUGUUCAAUGGGACAAAGAUCCCUAUCAAUGACAAAUGUAAAAUAAAAAGGGGGCCCGAACCAUAUAUUUUUGGAGUUGAGGGCACUAUACCGGAAGAGACGUAUGACAACAUGACCAGUGAAUGCCGUUCUCCUGUGGUGUUCCAUGGAUACAACGACCAGGAUCGCUACUUUCCCUUCUGGACCUCUGAUGCCUACACCUACGUCACUGUCAUCACUGGAAUGGCCAAAUACGUCCGUACCCUACCCGAAUAA